AAUAGCAAAAAAAAAAAAAAUGUCAGCUUCGUGUCCUGUCUGCAAUCUAACCCUUCCUCUUCCCCAAAUCCAAAGCCAUGUAAAUUCCCACUUCGACUACGAAGACGAAAUCGAUCCGCAAAUCGCAAAUGACCACUACUUGGCUCUCCAACUCGCCUCUGAACCUUCUUCCUCCUCGUCUUCAACCCUAAAUGAAACUCCUUUUCACAACCCACUUGUCAAAAUCAUUCCUUUUCAUCAAAACGACACCGUAGCCUCCUUGCUCCGUUCACAGACCAAGUCCCCAUUCUACAGAGUAGGCAACAACGGUUUGAUUCAUUUGCUAAAGACUUGCUUAGAUUCAAAGUCGAAACCUUUAGAGUCCAACACGAGUUUACUCUCAAGCUACACUGAUCAUUACCAAUCCACAAAGGAAGAUAAAGGAUGGGGAUGUGGUUGGAGGAACAUCCAAAUGCAAUGCUCUCACUUGCUCUCUCGUGAUAAUGACUUCAAAAGAGUUCUCUUUGGUGGCUCUAACUUCGUUCCUGACAUCCCUUCGCUUCAGCGUUGGUUAGAGUUGGCUUGGAAGAGUGGGUUUGAUGUCUCUGGAGGUUUACAUUUCGAUAACAAAGUCUACGGUUGUAAGAAAUGGAUUGGGACUACUGAAUGUGCUGCGUUGUUACGUUCUUUCGGGGUGAGAGCUAGAGUUGUUGAUUUUGCUCCUAAGGAGUCUCGGUCGAUGUAUCUUUCGGUUCCUGGGUCUGUUGGUGCUCCUAAGAGAAGGGGGUAUGGUCCUAUGGAUAGGUAUGUGGUUAAAAAGGGUGAAAGUGGGAAGGAGAAAAGUGGUUGUAGCUCUUCUAGGAUUGGCAAAGGAGCGGUUUUGAUGGAUUGGGUUUGGAAUUACUUUUCAGACAACAGGUUGAAUGUUUCCUCUGGUGUUCAUCUCACAAACAAAGGGCCUUUGUAUUUCCAACAUGAAGGGCACUCGAGAACAAUCGUUGGGAUUCAGAGACGGUUGCAAGGGACUACAUUUACUCCUCAGUAUAAUCUCCUGAUUCUGGACCCAGCUGAUUUUACUAGAGGUAUAGAGAAAGCGCUGGUAGAUAAGAGAGGGUGGGAGGGAUAUCUUAAGAGAGGAGCUCACACACUGACGUGUCCUGAGUAUCAGAUAUUGUACGUUGAUAAUGGAAUUGCUGUUGGUGAGGAGUUGGAGCAGCUCAAGACCAUUGAUGCUCACUUUGUUGAAUUUUAAUGGCUUCCACAAACACUGAAGAAUGAUUAUGAGAAGAUUCUUAAGUUGGUUGCAAUUUGAACUUUUGUAGCGUACUUAACAUUAGUUGCAACUGUGUACUUAUGUACCAUAUAUACAUUCUUUGGCUUAUACAAUGUGUCAAGAGCAAGCCAUGUUAAACAUUUUUCAAUAGUGUGGAUUCUUGGAUCAUAUUAUAAACGAACUUGGAUUGUUG